AUGGCUAAGGUUCUUUCUAGCCAUCUGAAAGCGGUUAUGCAUGACCUUAUUAGUGAGAAUCAAACAGCUUUCUUGGCAGGGAGGCAAAUAAUUGAUGAGUUUUUGGUUGCCAAUGAAGCAAUUCAUUCCUUGAAAAGAUACAGCGUGCCGAGCCUUAUCUUUAAGGUGGAUUUUCACAAAGCUUUCGAUAGUGUGCAGUGGGAUUAUUUAGAGCAAGUUAUGAGGCAUAUGGGUUUUGGUGAAAAAUGGAUUAAUUGGAUCAACACUUGCAUCUUCAUUGCAAAAUUAUCAGUGUUGAUUAAUGGAUCUCCUUCUAAGAAAUUCUUGACGGGCCGUGAGAUUCGUCAAGGUGACCCCCUUUCUCCAUUUCUUUUUCUAAUUGCAGCAGAGGGAUUAUCUGUUUUAUUUCAAAAAGCAGCUUCAAAUGAUCUUUUCAAAGGUUUGCACAUUAACUUCCAUAAAAGCUCUUUAAUUGGCAUAAAUGUUGGGGAAGAUACUUGUGCUAGUAUGACAUAUUCAGUAACAACCCAUUUUUACUCCCCAACUUUCGAGAAUGGAAUCCCAAAAUUGCAUGGUCAUAUUUCCCCAUUUUGGAAAGAUGUUUUGUCAAUCUUGGAUCCAAACAGUGUUAUCGGCUUAGUAUUGCGUGAAAACAUUAAAUUCAUGAUUAGAGAUGGAUCCUCCAUUCUCUUUUGGUCUGACGUGUGGAUAGGAUCAAAUGCUUUACGUAGCAUUUUCCCUAGGCUUUACCAAAAUUCUACUUUUCGGAAUGGUUUGGUUAAUGAGAUGGGUCAAUGGGUGAAUGAUCAAUGGCGAUGGAAUUUGGUUUGGCUUAGGAACCUCUUAUCUUAUGAAGUGCAACAAUAUCAUCAUUUGCUCUCAAUGCUGGAGCCAACGAUAAUUCGGCAAGGAAAAGAUGACAAACUUAUAUGGCCAUGUAAUUCUGAUGGAAGCUUCUCAGUUAAAUCCUGUUGCACCCUAAUUGAUAAUACCUCCUCUGCAAAUGAUAGAGUUUUCGAAGCCAAUGUUUGGAUUAAAGGGCCCCCUCCGAAAGUUCAGGUGUUUCUCUGGUUGGCAAUACAGGACAAAGUUAGUACAAGAGCUUUUCUCCAUCAACGGACUGUUUUGUCUGCCACACAAGCUUCAUGUGUCUUUUGCAGCUCAGAUUUGGAAACCUCAGAGCAUCUUUUUAUACAUUGUAGGAGUGUUUGA